AUGUCCAUCUGCCCAUACACCGGUCGCCCAAUGGGACUCUUCCGCGAGUUCGAGCCACUGAUGCCAUACUGGUCCCAGCGCAUGAACAUGCUCAACAACUUCAACAACAUCGUGCCACAACAGCUCAACGAGGUCGAGGACAACGACAACAAGUUCGCCGUCAAGCUCGACGUCGCUGCUUUCAAGCCAGAGGAGUUGAAGGUCAACCUUGAGGGCAACAUUCUCACCAUCGAGGGACACCACGAGGUCAAGACUGAGCACGGAUACAGCAAGAGAUCCUUCACUCGCCAGUUCACUCUCCCAAAGAACGUCGACUUGGCUCACAUCCACACCGCCAUCAACAAGGACGGACAGAUGACCAUCGAUGUUCCAAAGACUGGAGCUCACUCGAACAUCCGUGCCAUUCCAAUCCACACCACCCAAGGCCAUGCUGUCACUCAGGGCAACAAGCCAACCAACACCACCACCACCACCGGAAAGCACUAA